CGACAAUGACGAAUUGACUUCCGAUGAAUCGGCUUCUGAUACCGAUGCAUCUGAGGACAAUAUAAAUGAGAAGGAUCCCCCAAAAAUUGGCAAGACGGCUUUUCGUAAGGCCUAUAAUGCUAUCCCAAACUCUACAAAGUUGCAGUUGAGCACAGGCAGAAUAGUGGAAGACAUUCUUUUUGAAUUUGUUAAAGACAUGGACUAUGAACACCAUGCCCAUUCAUAUAUUGUUGACUUUGAUGAUAAGGAUGUCAAAGCGUUGUUUACUGAUGAAGAGUGGAACGAACUAACCAAAGAUCGAAUUGGGGUUCCAUCUUUUCCACGUGAUAUCGCAGAAGAGUUAGCAAAAUAUGGAAGCAAAACGUUAAAAGAGCUACGUGCAAAAGUGAUGAAAUCAUAUCUUAAGGAAGAAGAAUAUGAUGUCCACAAGCAUUAUAAUCAAGAAUGGAUCCAAAUGACCAUGCGAACACUUUGCAAUCUGUUUGAGAAUAUAGAUACUCCCUUAGUAAAGACCCAAUAUGAAGAUUGGUUCACGGUUGCACUUUUUGGAACAUGUAUCGAUUUCUGCAUUAGGGAUGCACAAUUGGGCACUGACGUUAAGAGAACCGACGCACCAUCAUUGAGUAGUGCCAACAGAAAGAAUCGGCAUCGGAAAGCAAACACAAGAAAGCUCAUUGGUCGCAAAAUCGAUGGGAUAAUAUACAUAACUAAUAGACUUCUUGAACUCGGGGCUAUCGAAGGUGCAAGGGCUUUUGCGGGAAUUUCCGAUAACAAAUAUCUUCUCGAGUCAUUCGAGAUGCCCAAAACACUUCGAGACAUGUAUAGUGAUUUGAUUAAGGCUGUAAAUUAUGAUGAUCAAAAACCAGAUAAACUUCAAGUAUUUGGCAUCUUACACUUUGGAUUGUAUAUUCAAUUCGCAAGAUUAUGUCGCGCCGGUGGAUCGAUCUGCAUUUUUCGCAAAGAUCCCCAAUCUUUCUAUAUAGAAAGCAAGUUCUCGAAAAAUGGAUUAAGUUCCUUCAUUUUUUUUCUGAAAAAGAUAUACCAAUAUAAGAUUAUGAUUAAGAACAACCUACAAAUUCUGAAUAUUCUGAACGACGAUGAUGAUACUGAAUCUGAUGACUUAUUAAAAGAAUUGCUUGAGGAUGAACAAUACUCUACUCCACCACCCGCGCCAAUUAAAUUUUUUGUUGAAU